AUGCACUGGUACACAGUCCAGCUCAUUGGGAGGAAAACCUCCCAAUGCACUGGUACACAGUCCAGCUCAUUGGGAGGAAAACCUCCCAAUGCACUGGUACACAGUCCAGCUCAUUGGGAGGAAAACCUCCCAAUGCACUGGUACACAGUCCAGCUCAUUGGGAGGAAAACCUCCCAAUGCACUGGUACACAGUCCAGCUCAUUGGAAGGAAAACCUCCCAAUGCACUGGUACACAGUCCAGCUCAUUGGGAGGAAAACCUCCCAAUGCACUGGUACACAGUCCAGCUCAUUGGGAGGAAAACCUCCCAAUGUACUGGUACACAGUCCAGCUCAUUGGGAGGAAAACCUCCCAAUGUACUGGUACACAGUCCAGCUCAUUGGGAGGAAAACCUCCCAAUGCACUGGUACACAGUCCAGCUCAGCGGGAGGAAAACCUCCCAAUGCACUGGUACACAGUCCAGCUCAUUGGGAGGAAAACCUCCCAAUGCACUGGUACACAGUCCAGCUCAUUGGGAGGAAAACCUCCCAAUGCACUGGUACACAGUCCAGCUCAUUGGGAGGAAAACCUCCCAAUGCACUGGUACACAGUCCAGCUCAUUGGGAGGAAAACCUCCCAAUGCACUGGUACACAGUCCAGCUCAUUGGGAGGAAAACCUCCCAAUGCACUGGUACACAGUCCAGCUCAUUGGGAGGAAAACCUCCCAAUGCACUGGUACACAGUCCAGCUCAUUGGGAGGAAAACCUCCCAAUGCACUGGUACACAGUCCAGCUCAUUGGGAGGAAAACCUCCCAAUGCACUGGUACACAGUCCAGCUCAUUGGGAGGAAAACCUCCCAAUGCACUGGUACACAGUCCAGCUCAUUGGGAGGAAAACCUCCCAAUGCACUGGUACACAGUCCAGCUCAUUGGGAGGAAAACCUCCCAAUGCACUGGUACACAGUCCAGCUCAUUGGGAGGAAAACCUCCCAAUGCACUGGUACACAGUCCAGCUCAUUGGGAGGAAAACCUCCCAAUGCACUGGUACACAUUCUAGAAGCCCGAUGGGUAUUCAAUGACAGAGCAGCCGUAAAAUCCAAACUGGCCUUUGUGGGAUGCCAAAGAGGUUCUCUCGUCUUAAUCAAUUCAUUACGGUCCUGUUCGCUAGAUUUAUCAAAAAGCUCCGGCCCAACAUCCAGAUCUACAAUGUUCAAAUCAGAUUCUAACGCCUCCUCAACUAGUAGAUCAUUAUGA